CGAGCCAGCUACAUCUCCCUGCCGGAAAAGCUGCAUACCUCGCCGGACGGCGAGGGACGCAGCGGCGGCGGCGCCAGCUCCGCCGGAGAUCAGGUCCCAAAUGCCGGCCGCCACUGGGAGGAGGAGCCGGCGAGGUACCGCUGGCGUGGCCGCCAAAGAGAGCGUUGUGGGGGCCGCCAGUGGGGCCAAGCAGUGAGGGCGGAUGCACCCUGCGGCGCCGGCUGGAAAACGGAAGGAGGUCGACGCCUGGUGGAGGAGGGUCGUCGGAAAAGCGGGCGCCAUUUUGAAGGGGAACGAAGGAGACUUGUUGGUGGAAAGAAGAUGUACAGAUAUGUCAAAUGCUAUCCCUUCUCCUUCUCAAGGGAUUGGAAACGUGAGAUACAAAGCUUUCGAUCAACUUGAAGGACUAGAAGUUGCUUGGAACCAGAUCAAAGUUGGAGAUUUACUUCGGAACAAUGAUGAUUUGGAGAGGCUGAGAUCAGAAGUGCGGUUGCUUAAAACCCUCAAGCAUAAAAACAUAAUAAAGUUCUACAAUUCAUGGCUUGACAAAAGAAGCAACAAUAUAAAUUUCAUCACGGAGGUUUUCACAUCAGGGACGUUGCGCCAGUACCGGAUUAAGCACAAGAAGGUAGACAUUAGAGCUUUAAAGAAAUGGUCAAGGCAAAUCUUGAGUGGUCUUGUCUACCUGCACAGCCAUGAUCCACCAGUGAUCCAUAGAGACUUAAAAUGUGACAAUAUAUUCACGAAUGGAAACCAGGGUGAAGUAAAGAUUGGAGACCUUGGUUUAGCGAAUAUCCUGGAUAAUGCACGUUCAGCUCAUAGUAUCAUUGUGCAGAAAACAAAAGGAUCUUUACCUUUGGAUGGUGAUGCUAUGUAGAAGAACACUGCAGCAAGUUCUUCUUAGGAAUAAGGGUGUUCUCGACAAAGAAAGCUUGUACCUUAAAACAGGAGGAUACAAGAAGCUGGAGUGAUUGUCUGAAGGCUUUUGAACUGCUUGAAGCAUUAGUGUAGCUUUGGUGCUUUUGUGACUGAUCAACUCUGGAGCAGCUAGAGUGAUGUAGUUGUGGGCUUUUGAACAAUAGCUGGAGUGAUAUGAAACAUUAGUGAUGUAGUUGUGGGCUUUUGAACUGCUUCAAGCUGGAGUGAUGUCAAUGUGGUGCUUUUGUGAUUGAUCACCUUUGGAGUUUUUGUGAAUGAUCUAGCUAGCUAUCUGUAAAUGAUCUAGUUGUGAAUGAUAUUAUAAUUGUGAUGCUUUUGUGAAUAUAUAAUUGUGGUGCUUUUGUGUU